CACGCACACACGCGUCUACGAACACACGUUAACACACGCCCGCCGAGCGCUCCCCCGACAGAGAGAGAGAGCGAGAGAGAGAGCGCGAGUGCAGAGAGAGGGAUAAACAGAGGGGGAGAGAGAGACUACAGGAACGCAGCGGCUCGUGUGUGCGUGCGUGCACGCGUGUGUGCGCGUGUGUGUGUGCGCGCGCGCGCGCGUGUGUGUGUGUGUGUGUGUGAAGGUGCGCUCGUUCGUUGGCAGAAGCGACCGGCGGGGCGGAUAUGGAGGGGCUCGGGAAAAACGCUGGGAACUGACCGAGCGCCGAGACGAAAGAGCGGGUGAGAAAGAAGAGCGAGAGAAGGGACGGACAGCGCCGAAGGACGGACGGACGGACGGACGGGAGGAGAGGAGGAAAGGAGUCUUGACAGAGGAGCCGAGGACUCGCGUGGAACGCAGAAGGACCCUAAGGAGCUAGCCCUGGGCUGGAUGGGACCCACCAUGCCCCCCAGCAAGAAGGCCCAGAGCCCCAGCAGUGGAGCCAGCGCCUCGCAGGGCAUGAGCCCGCCGUAUCGGCAGGGGGACGCCGCCACGGCAGCGGCGGAGGCGGAGGCGGCGGACCUCUCCCUGUCCCUGUCCGCCUCCUUCUCCAAGGCCGAGGACGAGGAGCUCACCAGCCUCUCCUGGCUCCACGAGAGCACCGACCUCCUCAACAGCUUCAGCCACUCGGGGCUGCGUAGCGUGUCCCCCCUGCAGGACCCCGACAGCCAGCACCCCCGCUCGCCCUCGUCCUCGUCUCCCUCGCUGGACGACCCCCUGCUGGCCGACGCGCACUCGGCGUACGACCUGGCGGCGGGCGCCAACAGGAAACCGCCCUACUCCUUCAGCUGCCUCAUCUUCAUGGCCAUCGAGGACGCGCCCAACAAGCGGCUGCCGGUGAAGGACAUCUACGGCUGGAUCCUGGAGCACUUCCCGUACUUUUCCAGCGCCCCCACCGGCUGGAAGAACUCAGUGCGCCACAAUCUGUCGCUCAACAAGUGCUUCAAGAAGGUGGAUAAGGACCGGAGCCAGAGCAUCGGCAAAGGCUCCCUGUGGUCCAUAGACCCGGAGUACAGGCACAACCUGAUCCAGGCGCUGAAGAAGACGCCGUACCACCCCUACUCGCCCGGCCUGGCCACGCCCUCCACCUCCCCCCCCACCCUGCCGCAGACGUUUCACCACAGUUCCUCGCGGCGUGAUCCAAAAUGGCGCCCGCAUCAGGAGCCAGGCGCUCUUCCCCGUGAUAAGACCCCUACCUGUAAGCCCCGUGGGAAGCAGAACCUCAGCCAUACGAUCGUCCCUGGGACACUAACUAAGCCGGAGACAGGACAGCCCGUCCCGGUACUCUCCCCCCGCCGGGCAGCGAGGACCUUCAGGACGACCACACUUACAGCACCGCCAAAUUCCCCAGCCGGCUGUGCUCUCCCGGGGUCGGGACCCCCUUCUCUUCGCUGGACGACGACGACGACGACAUCAUCGCCGUGGAGAUCCAGUCAGACGUUAAACCGGGAGCCCCUGGGAGAUCCCGCUGGACUCUCACAUCGCCACGGCCGCCGCCACAUACAUCUCCCAGCAGGCCUUGCGCGGACAGAGACGCGGCUCGGGGCCCGGAGCCGUGGGCACGCUGCCGGGCAGCAGUUUGCCCUGGACCAAAAACCGAGCGAGGAGCAUCGGCGACACGCUGCCGCUGAAGAAGCGGCGCGCGGCGGCGGUGGAGAAGCCGCCGGAGAGCGACGACGAGGAGAUGAAGGAGGCGGCGGGGUCGCUGCUGCACCUGGCGGGGGUCCGGGCCUGCCUCAACAACAUCACAAACCGCACCGCCAAGGGCCAGAAAGAGCAGAAAGAGGCCCUGAGAAACUAAGACUAAGUACACAGUCACACAGCUGAAACACACACACACGCACAGAGACACACAAUACACAAA